GGGCGGAGCGAACGUGCGCGGCGGGCGCGCGUAGGCUCCGCGACCUAGCCUGUAGCCGCCUGCGCGGAUCGGCGUCCGCGGCGGGCGGCCGCUGAGCCCUGGAGCACUUGGAGCACUUGGUCCCUGCGGCGCUGGAUGCCAUGAGUUGCUAGAAGUGAGCCUGUCUUUUCAGCUGCCUGGGGGCACAGUGUCGGGGGCACAGAGCCAUGUCUGACCUGCUCCUCCUAGGCCUGAUUGGGGGCCUGACCCUGCUGCUGCUGCUGACACUGCUGGCCUUUGCCUGGUACUCAGGGCUGCUGGCUGGGGUGGCAGUGAGUGCCGGCUCACCCCCCAUCUGCAAUGUCACUGUGGCCUACAAGUUCCACAUGGGGCCCUACAGCAAGACUGGGCGGCUGUUCACCGAGAGCUGCAGUGUCUCCCCCAAGCUCCGCUCCAUCGCCGUCUACUACGACAAUCCCCACAUGGUACCCCCUGAGAAGUGCCGCUGUGCAGUGGGCAGCAUUCUGAGUGAGGCACCCAGCCAUGUGGUGACAACCACCUUCCCCUACACCUCCACCCUGUCCAUCUGGCUGGCUACCCGCCGUGUCCAUCCUGCCCUGGAUGCCUACAUCAAGGUGAGAGGCCUAGUGUCUGUGUGUGUUGGAGGAUAG